CAUGAAAGCACUUGACAUUCAAGAAGAAGUCAACAUGUAAAUUUGCAGAACUUUUCUAUAAUUUAUUAAAUUUAAGACAUUCAUACAUCGUAUUUUCAACACUCAACAUGAAGUGAGGAGUCGAAAGAGCAUGGAGGAAACGUUUGAUAUACCUCCAAUGGAUUUGAAGGCUUCUGCUGAACAGGAAGUGCGAAAACUUCAGGACAUGGUGAAAAGGUUGGAAAAACAGAAUGAAAUUCUUCGACAUAGCUCUAGUCAGAAUGGAGCGGCCAUAAUUACAUUAACGAAGAGAGAUAGCGUGGAAUUGGAGGAAGUGACACUUAUUAAUUUGAAUGAUUCUUCUGAUGAAUUGGAAGACAGCUGGUAAAGUAACUAGAGUUUUCUCCAUAACUGUAUAUUGUUUUUGAAGUUAAUAUUUUACUAAAUGGUUGUAUAUAUUAAAUGUAAUUGGUUGUAACAUCUUGUGUAAAAUCACUAAGAGGUUGUUUCUGCACUUGUCAAUGUUUAGCCCCAGGGGGGUCGGGCAUACCCGAGGGAUUUGACAUUUCGCCCAAGUCUCGUGUCAAUAUCCCCGUCAUGGGGACAAUCUCUUGUGUCAAAUGCCCCUCACGUAGGAGGAAAAUUUUGCAAUGUUUAGCUAGAUAAAUCAGUACUUCAUUGCAUAGAAAAUCCGUAUAAAUAUAAUAUCAAUAUUAUUUAACAAUUAUUUGCCAAAAGCGAGGUGAUUAUCAGGGAAUAUUCGCUGAGACGAAGUCGAGGUGAAUAUUCCCCGAUAAUCACCGAGCCUGAGGCGAAUAAUUGUUUUAAUAUUUUUGCACCAUUUUUUUGUGUUUUUCUGGUCUGAAUUCAUUUUAAUUUCACUUAUUUCUUCAUCACUAACUUCAACAAAUUUUUUAUUAAUUUAGCCGACGUAUUUUAAUAGAUGAACAACAAGGCAACAAUGUGAUAUUCAUUAUUCAAUGUGAGCAUGAAGUCCACGCUAUGCAAAAUGGCGACCGAGUGCAGUCCUGGGGACAAGGAUGAGGAAAAACUUGUGCCCAGACUAUUGUGCGACCUUGUCAAAUUUCCCCACCCUGGAACCUUGAGAAAAUGUCAAAUUUCUUAUUUUUCCCUACCCUUGGAAGGGAAACUAUGUAAAAUCCCCUGGGUAUGUCCGGCCCCCCUCCCCUGGGCUAAACAUUGACAAGUGCAUUACAUUCCCCCUUUGCUGGGAAGAGAUGUGAGGUAGGAUGAUUUUGAUGUAUUGAAAUAAGGCCCCAGGCAUGCACAAACUAAAUUAUUUUUCUAGUGAUCAGUUAUAAUUGUAAACAAAAGGUUCAAGCAGCAAUAAUACACUUCUUGAACUACAGGAUAUUCACGACAACCUUUUAGUUAUUUUAAUUUUAACGUAUCCCAAACCGAGAUCAUGUGAACAUCCCCUACUAAGAUGUUCGGGUUCUUGGUAGAUGGUCCUAUGGUUGUUUUAGUUAUUUAAGUGCUGUCAAGGUAGCCAUCUGACACAACUUAUCAUGCAAGAGUACCACCAGUUAAUGUGACUAAGUACUGCCUUUUAGUGUUAAUAUUAUCAUUUUGAAGGUUGUAUGAAUCUCCUGUGAAACCAGCAACUCCUGUACAGAAGUCAGUGAACUCCAUGAAGUGGUCUAAAUCAUUGAGUGUUGAUGGAUUAGAUGAUGUUAGAGGAAACUUAAUUGAUAAACUUGAUGAUAUUGAAACGCAGCAAGGUGAGCAUAGAUGGAUUUUCAUAUUUUUUACUGGGGUGGUGCCAGAAAUUUUAGGGGGGUGAGCCGUGAGCAGGUGACUGAAGCAACACAAAGUGUCACCAAACCCCAGUACGGUCUAUAUUCUAGGGGUGGAGCACUAGAGCCGCGAGGGGGAGUCUAGAGAGCAGAAAACAAAGUAUCCCCAGGUCGAAAAAUUUGAAAAAAAUCAUGAUUUCUAGUAGCUUCGUAAAAAAGUUUUUUGAAGAGUGUCAUAUCAAUGGAUUUGGCAUGUCCGAUUGUCUGUUGAGACUUGAGAGAGUUAAAGUUAAAUGAACCUGUAAAAGUGUAAACCCAAUAGGCCAAUACACAAUAUGCUUUAAUUUACUUUUAUAAAGUCAUUAACAUUGUACGUGUCGUUUGAAUCCGAGUACAAUUUAUGAUGCAACUCUGAUGUAAAUAAUAUUCGGGGCGUAAAGAUCAAAUCUAGGCAAGUCUAUUUCCUAAAAGAAUUAAAAACUAAAAAUAAUGUUCGUAAAAAUUCCAAACGUUCUUUGCAAGCAAGCUAUUUCCAUGACAAGGCACUACAAAUUCUAUUCAGGGGAGAUAAUAACUUUACAAUUGCUCCAAUAAACCAGUGAAUGCAAGCGAGGAGCGAUUAGUUUCAGAGUGUUGCACUGUCUUUUUUUAUAUGAGUGUACUCCUACGUUUAUUUUGUACCAUCAACACUCUGCACGUUGGAGUGGACUAUUUAAUUAUUUUUUAUUAUGCCGAAUAUUGGGGGGGGGGGUUGAAAAUAUUUUUGGAGGGGUGAACAUUUUGUUUGAGGGGGUUAUAGCUAAUAUUGGAGGGGUAGCACCCCCCCCCCCCCAACACAAAAUCCAUCUAUGAAGGUGAGUACAGUUACAGUUAUAAGCAAUAUAUGCAACUACCUGAAAACAGUGUCUCCACGGUCCUUGAAAAUCCUGGGAAGUCCUUGAAUUUGUUAAAAAAAGAUCCAGGCCUGGAAAGUCCUUGGAAACUGAUAAGGUCCUUGAAAGUCCUGGAAUUUUUUUUCAGUAGGCUGGAAAUAAUUGAAGAAUUAUUACCAGCCCAAGGAUUAUUGCCCAAAUGUUUAUUUUCUCCAAUUUCAAUUAAAAUUAUGUAUAACAAUUGUCCAAAAGUUGUGUUGCGAAGCGGGUAUUCAACGGUCAGUCGGUCACAUAAUUUGAUAUUUGUUCACAUUAUGAUUAUGUGUAAACUAAAAAGGUGGUUACGUGAAGUAGAUAAAGUUAAUUUCGUUCGAGGUCUAUUUUCUCAGCGCGAUCAGUGUUGCAAUGGUAGCCAGGUUUCCGAUUCCUCUCCUUAAGUUUAAGGAUAAAAGUUAGAUGAUUUUCAAAGAUUUUUCCAGUUGCCAGGUCCUUGAAUAUACUGAAAAAGGUCCUUGAAAGUCCUGGAAAAGUCCUUGAAUUUCAUCUUCACUAAAAGAUGGGGGCCCUGUGAAAAAUACAAGGAGAACAGGGGCGUUGCUAGCCCUAUUUCAAUGGAGGGGUGUACUGUAAGUGCAAUUUUGCCGACUCAUCUCAACCACUAAUUAAUAUUUAUUUUCCCAAAAAUAUUGGCAAGCAGGGGGGGGGGGAUUUUUCCCGGACAUUAUGUUUUCUUUUUCUUUCUGGUAAAUGUACUGUCAUUCAGUCAUUUUUCCAUUAUUUUUCCAUAAAUUUUCAAAAAAUGUUUCCUAUAAAUAUUAGUUUUUAAUCAGUGUAACUCAUAUAUUUGAGUCUUUUUCCUUCCUACAGUAUCCAAUUCACGUUUUGCCAACUAUGAAAAGAAUUUCCCGACCAGGGCGCAAAAUAACGGCCCGCCAACGGACAAUGUCCGGCCAAAACGAGCAGUGUCCGGCCAAACUUUCACAUGACAGGUCAUUUUGGCCCGCCACUUUUUAAAGUAUAAAUAACAGAAAUCGGCAUCAAAACUUUGUAAUACUACUGGAAAAGGUUGUAUUUAGGGGGACAGGCUUUAGUUUAGCUGAAUAGUUUGACCGUCCAAAAAUGCAGGAUCUCCGAUCCUGUUAAUGCACGCCCUGCUGACUGGGAUUAAAUUAUUUGCCGAAUGUCUGGCGAUUGGGGGUUUAUUAGUUUCACUCCUGAUUACAUUUCAGAUUCAGCACAGAAUGUCUAAAUGUUUUUCGUGACAUUCGCAAAUUGCUACCUAAAAAGGAGUAUUUCAAAAACAACGAUCGUCUACGACCAUACCACUAGGAAAAUAUAAAUAAAAACGUCAUUAAUCAUAAUUGUCAUUGUGCAAUUUCACACGCUUAAAUUGUGAGCAUGUGACAUAAUUUGGGUCGCUUUUAGAAAAGGGUUGAAAAUCGACAACUAUGUUUUGAAUUUUAUUUUGUAUGUUUUAUUUAUAUUAAAGCUGUUAAAUUGUACUAGUAUACGACAUUAUUUACAGAAAACACCAGUCUCAUCUGAUCAUCGAACUUUUGCUUGGCCCAUGAUUGGUCAGAGAAAAAAUUCACCGUAAAAAAGUUGGAUCAGUUCCUACUAUUUUACUUGCGCUUCCCUUCACGCGAACAAAUUCGCCUAGUGGAAGACAGGCUUAUGGUGCUACGCUAAUAUUUUACUUCGUGCUACAUUUCAAAAUGGACGAAAUUCAAUGUACCAUGUAAGAAAGAUACAUUUUUUAUUCAAGCUUUUUGUGGCAUUUCACUCAAAUGAAUAAUAUUUGAUGGGUAUUGUAGAUGGAAAUUGUCGAGUGGAAAUUUAUAUACAUUUACUAGACCUAACCAGGAUUCGAGUGAGAUGCCACAAAAAUCUUGAUAUUUACCCAUAACCUACAGUAUACAUGGCAGUACCGUAGUAUAUAUACAUGAACUUGUGGUUAGAGCUUGACAACUGGCCUCUGUAGCUCAGUUGGUUAGACGAGCGCUGCACCGGAAUCACAGAGUUGCAAGUUGCAUUUUUCACUUCUGUUCCUGGUUAGGUCCAUAGAUGUCUUAUAUACAGUACACUAAAUAGUGCAUCUAAUUAUUCUACAAUGCAAAAAUUGAAGCCGUGAUUGCAGACUCAGGAUAUUCCCAUGAAAUGAGAAGAUUUGUAUGUUUUCUAUUUCUUAAACACGGAACUUAAAUAUUAAGUUAAACCUAUUCCAAAUACAUUUUUAAACUAUUCAAAUGAUGAAAGUUAUUAGUUGUUUUUUAAGCGUUUAUUAGCGAGUGGGAAACACCAACGUGGCCGCCAUCUAUUCAAAUGGGAGUAACCGCUGGAAUAUUCUUGGCUUCAAUUUUACUAAAAGAGAUGCGCUAUCUAGUCUAUAUAAGAUAUCUAUGGUUAGGUCUAAUAAAUGUAUAUAAAGCCCCAUUUACACUACGCUCAAUUUUUCGUACGGCACGGAUAAAAUUGGUACCCGUACCACUUUUUGGUUCUUGGACUACCAAGAACCAAAAAGUGGUACGGUACCAAAAAUUGAGCGUAGUGUAAACGGGGCUUAGCUAAAUCGGUAGUCCAAGUCUCCAAGAACCAAAAAAGUGGUACGGGUACCAAUUUUAUCCGUGCCGUACCAAAAAUUGAGCGUAGUGUAAACGGGGCUUAAAUUUCCGCUCAACAAUUUCAAUCUACAAUACCCAACAAAUGUUAUUCAUUCGAGUGAAAUGCCACAAAAAUCUUGAUAUUUACCCAUAGCCAAUACAUAGCAGUACCCUAGUAUACAGCUAAUUCAAAAAAGGUUGCCUUUGCAAACCUUAAACUCUAAACCUUAAACUUAAACUCUAAGCGUGCAUAAUGGGAGCAUCAUUUAAUCAGUUUAUAAAUCAUAUAUGGGGCCCAUUUCUUCGAGACAUGGUAAAUAUCUCCUUAUGAGGACAAUUCAUUCACAAAAGAUGCAAUAUUCGACUAUUAAGCUUGAAACUUGUGCUCCCACUAAACUUUGCGCGCUUAGAGUUCAAGGUUUAAGGUUUAGAGUUUAAGGUUUGCAAAGGACAACCUUUUUUGAAUUAGCUGUAUAUACAUGAACUUGUGGUUAGAGCUUGACAACUGGCCUUUGUAGCUCUGUUGGUUACAGCACUGUACCAGAAUCGCAGGGCUGCAGGUUCAAUUCUUGCCAGGGACCUAGUUUCGCUUCUAAUAAAUGUAUAUAAAUUUCCCCUCGACAAUUUCCAUCUACAAUACCCAUCAAAUAUUAUUCAUUUGAGUGAAAUGCUACUGCAAUAUAUAUGUUAUGAUUAUUAAUUAAAUAAUAAUUUUCUUUAGAAAUAUCCAAGGUGAGAGUAAUACAGAGCCAGCAAGGUAGAGUUCCAUUAAUGAGUGCACAAAAGAAUUCCUUAUUUUUCCAACCAACAAGUAAAACACUCGCUUCACAAAGAAAUGGAGAUUCUCCUGGACAAAUCAGUCAAAGUGAGUUGCCUUUUGUAGAAUUUGUAGACCAAAAGCUGACCGGAAAUAAUCAACGCUAAAAAGUUAAAUAAUUUAAGAACUUUAAGGCAAUAAAAAAGAAUUUGCCUUGCUUAUGGCAAAUUUUAGUUCUGCAGCAUGUGAAGUUUAUGACUGAGUAACUGUGAAUGUGUAACCAUAGUCAAUAGAAAUAAAAAUGUUAGGAAACUCAAUGCAGACAUAAUAGACCUCGUUAUCUAUAAAAGAAAUGGUUGGUUCAUCGUCACAUAUGUAUUGUCUUUUCGCCCAACCAACCAAUAAUAGCAGUGAAUAAUAGCAGUGUGUUGGUUAAAAAUUACCCAGUUAUGAUGAACACAAUGGUCAGAUGAAAACGUAACUUAGUAGCUAUUGGUUGCUCUGGUGAAAAUACGAUGCACAUGUGACGAUGAACCGACCAUUUUUUGCAUAAACCUUUUGUAAUGAGGUCUAUUAUGUUUGCAUCAAGUACUGUAGAUACAAGACUAACAGUAAGAAUUACAGUACAGUAACAAUGAGUGAGAAUAAGUAGUAAAAUUAAGAUUAAGUUUAAGUUAAGAUGUUUUAGGGUCAACCAAUUUUAUCGACAUUCUUUACCCAUUUUGAUUUUUAGGUUGUACCAAAAUGCCCAAUUUUUAAGUACUGUUACAGCAUUGUUUCUUUAUGCCAUUUAUUAUACAGCAGAUAUGGUCUACAUUCGGUAUUUUCCUUGUAGAUGCAAUAACUGAUGAGUAUAUAUAUGAUAAUAAUCAACUUGAUAGCAGUGCUUAUGGUAGUAUGGAUGAAAUGGAUGAUAUGCCACAAGGUUUGUACAGUAGAUAUUGUACAGUAUCACAGAAUGUAUAG